CGAAAAAAGAAAAUCCUUCAUUUUCUCUCCCCACCGUCCCUCCAUGAUCUCCUUCCUUCCUCCUUUGUCUCAACUCUCACCUAAUAAUUACCCAAACCCUCUCUCAGUCUCCACUCCUAAUCCAAUCUUUCCAUCCAUCGUAGCUCCCUUCUUCAGUUCUUCCACCUGCCGCCGUGGGAUCUUUUUUUCUCCCUGCCGGCGAGCGGCACCGCGGUGGUCAAAGCCACCGCUUUUUUUUUUUGGUACCUUUUCCGAAUGUUCGAUUAGUUUAGUCUUUGGUUUUCUAGAAAUUCGAACCUCUAUGGCGUCUGGGUCGGACCUUCUGGUCGGGGCCGGUUCAUUUUGACAAACUUGGGGGGUGUUUUUAAUGGUGGAAAAAAGUAAUGGAGAAAGAAGGGUCUCCAUCUGUUUUCCUGUUUCUCAAAUGCUCUUGCCCUACGACUUGCCUCUGCUCUUAAUUCUUCUUGCUGUCUCGCAUUUGGGUUGUCUCCCCAGAAGAUAAAGUCGGAGUCUUUUUUCUCGCUUCCCUUUCUCCCCUUCGCUUCCUGCGGUCAAUUCUCUGAAUUUGCGAGAUGGGUUUUGAUUUUGAUGUUGGAAUGGAGCUGGGUUUGCUUCGAUAGCACCUCAAAGUGUCACUUUUGGAGCUGGUUCCGAGUUUGUGACAGUUGGUUGGAGGUGAAUUUGGGGUCUUUUUUUGAUUUGGUGUGAGAGAGAAGGAAGGGCUGGUAUGGUGUAGAUUGAAAGCGAGUUCCAAGAGUUGGUCAGAGUUUGCUUUCAUCAUUCAUGCAUUUUAGAUUCCUCUGAAUUCUGUGUUUUUAACAGCAGUGAGUGAGGGGCGUCAUGAUUUAGAUUGUGCCCUUCUGAUUUUGAAAGGAGUGAACUUCUGUAUUGACAUAAGUUAAAUCUGGCCAUGGCGGAUCCUUGGAGGAUGAGAGAUGCGGAGAGAAUGAACCAGCCUCCUUUGGUUGACACAACAGCUUGCUUAUGUAGAGUAGAUGCAGGACUCAAAACGGUGGCAGGUGCGAAAAAGUACGUCCCAGGUAGCAAGCUAUGUCUUCAGCCAGACAUCAGACCAUCAAUUCAUCCAACUAGACACAAACCCUCAAGAGGCGAUAGAAACCGAAAUCAAUCCCCAUUGCUGCCAGGACUCCCUGAUGAUCUCGCCAUCGCAUGCUUAAUCCGAGUACCUAGGGCCGAGCAUCGAAAGCUUCGACUCGUAUGCAAGAGAUGGUACCGUCUCUUAUCUGGAAACUUCUUCUACUCGCUUCGAAAGAAUCUCGGGAUCUCUGAGGAAUGGGUAUACGUGAUCAAGAGAGACCGAGAUGGGAAAAUUUCUUGGCAUGCUUUUGAUCCCAUAUAUCAGCUAUGGCAGCCACUUCCACCUGUCCCCAAGGAAUACUCUGAAGCCCUAGGUUUUGGUUCAGCUGUUCUUAGUGGCUGUAAUCUCUACUUGUUUGGUGGUAAAGACCCUUUGAAGGGAUCAAUGAGACGGGUCAUCUUUUACAGUGCCAGAACUAAUAAGUGGCACCGUGCACCCGACAUGCUCAGAAGAAGGCAUUUCUUUGGCUCGUGUGUUAUAAACAACUGUUUGUAUGUAGCAGGUGGGGAGAAUGAGGGUGUUCACCGUCCAUUGAGAUCAGCUGAGGUUUAUGAUCCCAAUAAGAACAGAUGGUCACUGAUUUCUGAUAUGAGUACAGCAAUGGUGCCAUUCAUUGGGGUAGUUUAUGAGGGCAAGUGGUAUCUUAAAGGACUCGGGACUCACAGACAAGUUUUGAGUGAAGUCUACCAGCCCGGAACUGAUAGCUGGUAUCCUGUUUAUGAUGGCAUGGUGGCAGGGUGGAGAAACCCAAGUGCUUCUUUGAACGGAAACCUCUAUGCGUUAGACUGCAAGGAUGGCUGCAAGCUUAGGGUUUAUGACGAAGAGACUGAUUCGUGGAGCAAGCAUAUCGAUAGCAAGUUGCACCUGGGGAAUUCUUGCGCUUUGGAAGCAGCUGCUCUUGUUCCGCUGAACGGGAAGCUGUGCAUCAUUAGAAACAACAUGAGUAUAUCAGUUGUCGACGUUUCGAAAUCUGAAGAUCUUGGGGAAGCUCCCGCUGAACAUUUGUGGGAGACUCUUUCGGGUAGAGGGCAGUUCAAGACUUUGGUCUCGAAUCUUUGGUCGAGCCUUGCCGGAAGGAAUCGCCUGAGGAGUCACAUUGUUCACUGCCAGGUUCUUCAAGCAUAAGAAGAGCUACAAUGAAGAGGGCAGAAAAGUAAGAUAUUUUGAAUCUCUAUCCAUCCAUUCCAAAAUGACACCUCCAUGAGAGGUGGUAGGCAGGAAGAGGAAAUGAGAAUGGAGGUAUGUUUUUGCUAGAAAUAUUAGUAUUUCCUUGUGUUUCAAGUAGCUGUAUGUAAGAUACACCCGAGUUUUACAUGUCUGAAAAACAAACGAAGGAUGAAGAGCAAAUUAUCCAAGUGAUCAGGGGGGUUUUUUUUUCUUCUUCUUUACAUGGGGGUAGUAGGAUAAUUCACAGGGGGGUUUCUCUUGUAUCCUACACUGGCAUGAUUGAUUGGAUAAAUUGAUCUUUUUCUCCAUUGUCAUGGAACUGGAAAGAG